AUGACUUGGUAUAAGAGUUUGCCCGAUGAGUCCAUCACCUCAUGGAAGGUGCUCGGAAAACUUUUUUCCAGACACUUCACGUCCUCCCGAAGACACCCCAAGUCAGAAGCCUCCUUGGAAGCCAUCAUCCAAGGAAAAGACGAGUCCCUACGGGAUUACAUAGAAAGAUUCAACAAGGAAGCCGUGCAGGUAUCCACAACUGCCCAUAUGAAGAAAUUCUUGCUCGAGCGAGGCCUCCGACCACGCUCAGACUUCGCCAAAGCCGUCGGGAUCGAAACACCGGUCACUCUGGACGAGUUCUUCCUCAAAGCCCAGGCAUACAUACAAUAUGAGGAAAAGGAGGCCGCUCAUGCAGUACCUAACUCCAGGCAGGAAGAAAGCAGUAAAAAUGGUCGCCAAGACAAUUCCCUUCGGGGAAUGGACAAAAAGAAAGACGACAGGGGCCGAGAUCCCAAGGACUACAAGGCCCCAGCCGGGAAUUUCCGAGAGUACACCCCGGUCAACGCUUCGAGGGAAUGCAUCUUAAAUGAGUGCGCGAACGCCGAAUUUCAGACGGGCAAGGUCCGCUUCCCUAAGACUAUGCCUGCGCGGCCGAACAUGGAUAAAUCGAAGUUCUGCCGAUUCCACAAAGGCCAUGGGCAUAACACUGAGGACUGCAUCCACAUGAAGGAUGCCAUAGAAAUAUUAAUCCGGGAGGGACACCUCAAGCAAUACGCGAAGAAGCAAGAGGCCGCCAAAGAAGCCAAACCGAUCACCGAGGAAAAGCCGACGGAGGAUACGCCCGCCAUGCAAGUAGCCACGAGCAUCACCAGGCUGGAAGACUUUUACCUCCCCGAUUGGGUCAAAUCGGCGAACGCCCCCUCUCCUCGCAGCUCAUGGGAAAUGUUCCCUUCCGCCAUGGUCAUAUCCGGCGGGGGAUUCAGUAAACUCACCGUCGGAUCCGUAAAACGAGAAUUCGACAAGCUACUCUCAGCCAGUUCGAGCAAAGCCGCUGCUCUCGACCAAGCGAAAGGCAGCCCAUCCUCUAUAUCUUUCUACAAAGAGGAACUGCCCGGCGGAGCGCCCAACGCGACCAUCCCCCUCCUCAUCCGGGCUCGGAUGGCCAAUUUUGACGUGCGACACAUCCUAGUCGAUCAAGGGAGUAUGGUGGACAUCAUGUACUCCCAACUGUUCAGAACACUACAACUCAAUGACAGCCACCUUACCCCCUAUGUGGGAUCAGACCUACAAGGCUUCAACGACACCGUGACGACACCAUGGGGGUUCGUCAAGCUCAUCGUUUCCAUCGGAUCGGUGGAAACCGCCAGGGCCAUCAAAGUCUAA